UUCUCUGACUCUUCCUCCCUCUGUGUCUGUGGUUCUAUAAAUACAGAGAUACUCAUAAAGCGUACGUAUCGGUGUCUAAGGACAGCUCCUCUCUUCUCUUCUCUUCUUAGACACACACACAGAGAGCGGAAGAGGCGUAGAUCUCAAAUUCCUCUCUUCCUCAGGUGAAAAAAUGGGGCUGUCUUUCACCAAGCUUUUCAGUCGUCUCUUUGCCAAGAAAGAGAUGCGUAUACUCAUGGUGGGUCUCGAUGCCGCUGGUAAGACCACCAUUCUCUACAAGCUCAAGCUCGGCGAGAUCGUCACCACCAUUCCCACCAUUGGAUUCAAUGUCGAGACUGUGGAAUAUAAGAACAUCAGCUUUACUGUCUGGGAUGUUGGGGGUCAGGACAAGAUUCGACCCCUGUGGAGGCACUACUUCCAAAACACACAAGGACUUAUCUUUGUGGUUGAUAGCAACGAUCGUGACCGUGUAGUUGAAGCUAGGGAUGAGCUGCACAGAAUGUUGAAUGAGGAUGAGUUGAGGGAAGCUGUGCUGCUUGUAUUUGCUAACAAGCAAGAUCUUCCAAAUGCCAUGAAUGCUGCUGAAAUAACUGAUAAGCUUGGCCUUCACUCCCUCCGUCAACGCCACUGGUAUAUCCAGAGCACAUGUGCUACUUCUGGUGAAGGACUGUAUGAGGGACUAGACUGGCUCUCAAACAACAUUGCAAACAAGGCUUAGAUGGCUUACUUGAAUUUUGUGUUUUGAAAGUGCUGCAACACAAAGUUGACGUUUGAUUCUUGGUGUUCUGCCUUUGCUACCAUCUUAAAGUGCUUGUUCCUUGUUUGUGUUUUCCUUUUGCAACUGUGCCCGUCUUUUACCUGUAGUUUAACAAUAAUUCAUAGAUUCUCAAUCUUUUGUCAUGGUAUUAACUCAAUAGCUUUGUUUCUGCCAAUUUAUUUUGCGAAAGGAAAUAUCUCUCAUUUAUUCA